GCUAUUGGGAAAGAGGCGCGUGCAAUGUACAAUGAAGGGCAAGUAAAAGGGAUGACAUUUUGGGCACCAAAUGUAAAUAUUUUUAGGGAUCCAAGGUGGGGUAGGGGCCACGAGACACCUGGCGAGGACCCAUUGGUAGCUGGAAAAUAUGCAGUAGCAUUUGUUAGGGGAAUUCAGGGGGACAUUUAUAAUUAUGGUAAAGUUGAGGGACGGCAAAUAAAUAACGGCCAUCUUCAGGCCUCUGCUUGCUGCAAACACUUCACUGCCUAUGAUUUGGACAGCUGGAAAGGCGUUAGUCGCUUCGGUUUUGAUGCUAAGGUGACAAAGCAAGAUUUGGCGGACACAUAUCAGCCACCUUUUAAGAGCUGUAUCCAAGAAGGGAGAGCGAGCGGGAUAAUGUGCGCGUACAAUCGAGUGAACGGUGUUCCGAAUUGCGCCGACUACGACCUUCUUACGAAAACCGCGCGUGGAGAAUGGGGUUUUCAUGGGUACAUUACGUCUGAUUGUGAUGCGGUGUCUAUCAUUCGUGAUAAUCACAAGUAUGCAAGAUUACCGGAAGAUGCUGUUGCAGAUGUACUCAAAGCUGGCAUGGACGUAAACUGCGGCACAUACUUAAAGAACUACACGAAAUCCGCAAUCCAACAGAAAAAAGUGCGAGAAUCCGAUAUCGACCGAGCCCUCCACAACCUAUUCUCCGUCCGAAUGAGAUUAGGUUUAUUCAACGGAAACCCGAACAAAAAUAUCUUCGGCCAAAUCGGCCCAAACCAAGUCUGCACACAACAACACCAACAACUAGCUCUCGAAACCGCAAGAAACGGGAUCGUCCUACUAAAAAACUCCGCUAAUCUUCUCCCGUUUCCCAAAAAAACCGCUACCUUAGCCGUUAUAGGACCCAAUGCCAACAACGCCCACGCACUUCUCGGAAAUUACGAAGGACCCCCUUGCAAAUCUGUAGAAAUCUUUAAAGCCCUCCAGGGGUACGCAUCGAACGUGUUGUACCAUAACGGAUGCAACGACGUGGGUUGUACAUUUGCUGAUAUCGGGAGUGCCGUGGGGACCGCGAAGAAGGCGGAUUAUGUGGUUUUGGUGAUGGGGUUGGAUCAAAGUCAGGAGAGGGAAGACCACGAUCGUGUGGACCUGGUGCUGCCAGGUCAGCAGGAGGGAUUAAUCAGAGCCGUUGCUGCGGCUUCGAGGAAGCCUGUGGUUCUCGUGUUGGUUUGUGGUGGGCCGGUUGAUGUUUCUUUUGCGAAGGGUGACCCGAAAAUCGGGAGUAUUUUGUGGGCUGGAUAUCCGGGUGAAGCUGGUGGGGUUGCACUUUCUGAAAUCUUAUUUGGUGAACAUAAUCCAGGAGGGAAAUUACCCGUAACUUGGUAUCCAAAGGAUUUCAUCGGAGUACCAAUGACGGACAUGAGAAUGAGGCCCGAUCCAUCGUCUAGAUAUCCGGGCCGUACUUAUCGUUUCUACAACGGUCCAAAAGUGUUCGAGUUCGGCUACGGCCUUAGCUACACAAAAUAUUCCUACGAAUUCAUGCCUUCAACUCCCAACACCAUCCACUUAAACCAACUAACGCCAAAUUCCCAUCAAGCAACCGACGAAACUUCAAUAAUCCGUUCGUUGUCCGUUUCCGAAAUCGGGACGCACAAUUGUGAAAAGUUGAAGUUCUCAACACACGUCAGGGUCGAAAACAUGGGGAAUAUGACGGGAAAGCACCCGGUUCUACUUUUCGUCAGGCACGAGACGACGAGCAAUAUCAAUGGAAGGCCUACGAAAGAGUUGGUGGGAUUCGAGAGUGUGAGCUUAGACGCAAGAGAAAAAGCCGAAAUCGAAUUCGUAUUGGACCCGUGCGAGAAUCUUAGCACGGCUAACGAAGAUGGUGUUAUGGUUAUAGAAGAGGGAUAUAGGUACUUAGUGGUAGAUGAUAAAGAGUAUGCUAUCAAUGUUGUACUUUGAGAAUUAUAUUAUUGAACGUACAAGUGCAGUGAAGCGUGUUUUCUUUUGUGUGGCAAGUUGUAGAAUUCAAUGUUUUG